AUGGGCGGUUCUUCUAGAAGACGAGCGGCAGCCCUGGUUGGCAAACAAGGAAGGGAUGUGGCGGUUCACCAGAAGUCAACUUCCCCAUCCAAGGCCUCUACUAGCGCAGGGUCCUCGGAGAGCGGAGACUCGCAGAGCAAGUCCUCAGCUCUCGUGGAUGGCUUUGCGCUGUUUGCUCUCGCGAUCCAGGAUCACCUGCGGUCGAAGCUCAAGGCCACUGCUGGAGGAGAUGGAGUGCCCGAUGAAGCUGUGUACAAGGAACUUAGACGCUUGUGGAAGGAAAUGGGCGAGAAUCAAAGAUUGGAGUGGCAGAGUCAGGCGGCAAUGGUGCCACCUACACAAUCGCAAGACAGCAGCUCGCUGAACGAGGAUGAGGAUGACUCGUCGCAGGACUCCUCGGGUGCUUCCUUAUCGGCCAAGGCAGAUACCAAGAGCGAGGCAUCGGAAGAGGUUUCCGACAAGAAUUCAGAAGCAGCGAAGGCUGCUGCCAACAACGAUGUGAAGGGAAGUGACAACGUACAAGUUGCGGCAGCUCCACCUCAGCUGCCCAAGAUCUCUACCAUCGAAGAAGGCCUACAAGGGCAAGGAUGCAUCGCGGUGGGACAGCUGACCAACUCUGCGGACGUCGCGAGUAUGGCUGGGAAGACCGAGGGUUUUGGAAGCGUCGAAGGUCAACGCAGGCUACCGGACAUCGAGCAAGUUGUGCGUGGGGAGAUGAUGAGCAAUCUCAUACAUACUCUCGCAAGCAACAAUGGCCGGCCCGUGGGUCUGGAUGCCCGUCUGUCGGGGCUGAUGCACAUGAACAAUGGAUGUCAGUCGCAGUGCCCUCAGAGAGAUGAAUUAUUCUUUCCGCAGACGACGCAGGCGGCUGCAAACAUGAGCAACAUGCUGCUGGAUUCAAGAUUCCUGCAGCAGUCGCAGAUGAAUCGGUUCUACAACACGGGACUGCUCCCUGGGCCGUUCCAGGACAGCAAACCUCUCCCUUCCAUGAUGCUUCCUUCAGCCAACGUGUUCAUGUCGCGAAAUUCCUUGGGACAAGGGAGCUCUGAUCCUUCCUUCUCCUCCUUCGCAGCUGGGCAGCAACUGGCGGCGUCUCAAGCCAUGGGCUCGCCACACUCCUUCCCUGUUUACAUGCCUUUCUCCAUGAACGCAGACAAGGGUCUAAACGGAAAUGCGAUGGGGAGGAUAAGUGGGGGGAUGAACAUGCAGGCCCAGGGGCCGAGCAGGAUGAUGGCUGGGGGCUGGCAGGGGAGGGAGGAGUACAAGGCGAUGCCUUACUCGCUCAAACGAGGAGCAGACGGCAAGUCCCGGCAGCCCGUCAUGCAGGGGCCGCGGCCGCAACCGGAACCGCCGCAAGUGAGGACGAUGACGUUUGUGUGCGACCUGUUUUCGCCCUACGAGGGUCAGAUCUCCCUCCAAGUGCUGGCGGAACAGUGUAAGAUCGUGGACUCGGGCUUCGGCAUCGUCGGGCUGUCCUGCCAGCUGUCGACGCCUGAGGGAGCGAAGGUGGUGAAACGAGGGCAAGUGAAGGACGCAAGGAGACACUUCGCGCAUCAGGCCCAGCUACGGUUGUCCCUCGCCAGCUCCCCCAACCUCAGCGUGAAAGUUUUCUCUACUGGUCGCCUUCAGAUCGCCGGCUGUCACGACGAGACGUCCUGCAUGGAGGCAGUCAGGAUCGUCGCGCACGCGCUCAACGAUAUCUUUGAGCGAUCGCCUUCCAUCAUGAAGCGCCAGGUCAAGGCUGGCCAGGACCCAGCUGGGGUCAAGCUGGAUGGGAAGAUCGACAUCAACAAGCUCCCUCUCCCCAAGAUUGUGAUGAUUAACUGCUCCUUCGACUCGGGCAUGGCAGCGCUUGGUUACGGAUUGGACCCGCACAAGCUGACUGAGCUGCUUCACAAAGUGCAGGAGAGCAGCGCGAGUGUGGAGGAGGUUUCCUACAACCCAGACCAGCGCUACACUGGAGUCAAGGUCAAGUUCAAGCCUACGGUGGUUGGAGCCAACGGGCAGAAGGCGGCGCUGUCGGAUCGAGAGAUCUUCAUUGGGAUGUUCCCAUCCGGCAAGGCAGUGAUCACGGGGGCAGUGCGGUGGGAGGAAGUGAGCGAAACGUACGAGUUUGCCAAGUCAAUCUUGUGCGAUAACUUCGACCUCCUCCGGGUGCCCCUGUCGCAGUCCGAAGUCUCGUCGAGGAAGAAGCAGCGCAAGGCUGGACCAGGUUGAGGAGGAGGAGAGGAGGAGGAGAAGGCGGGUAUUCGUGUACAUGAUGUGAUCCUAGUGUAUAGCUCAAGUGUUGCAAUUUGUUCAUCCAGCCAUGUGUCAUAGCAUUAAAUCAAAGAACUCCUU